CACAAAGUGAACUCGGCGACGGAGGAAGAAAUCAAAUCGGAAAAAAAGAAAAGUAUAAUGGCGAGGCGAAGAGGGGUCGUGGAAGGUGGGAAGCGGCUGCCCAAAGCGAGCCGCGCCGCGUCUCCUCCCCCCACCACCGCGCCUUCUUCUACCCCCUACCCCCGCCUCUCCCCGGCCAGACCAGACCACACCGCGUCCUCCUCCUCCCGCGCUUCUCCGCUCAGCCAGCCCCGCGCUGUCGAUUCCCGCGCGCUUCGGCUGAGGACGAACAGCCGCGCGGCGCGUCGACGACCCUGCUUUUGAUCGGGUAGCUCCGUAGCUGAGCGAGCAGGAUGAUGUGCGGCCCGGCGGCCGUGGCGGUGGCGGCGCCGCGGUACAGGGGCGUGCGGAAGCGCCCGUGGGGCCGGUUCGCGGCGGAGAUCCGCGACCCGGCGAAGCGCGCGCGCGUCUGGCUCGGCACCUUCGACUCCGCCGAGGCCGCGGCACGCGCCUACGACGUCGCCGCGCGGACCCUGCGCGGCCCGCUCGCCAGGACCAACUUCCCCUGCGCCGCCUCCCGCCACCACGGCGGCGGCCUCGUCGCGCCGGCGCCGGCCGCGCCCACGUGCAGCUCCAGCUCCACCGUCGAGUCCUCCAGCGGGCCCCACGGGGCGCCCAGGGCUGCUGCUGCGGCGGCGGCGCAGCCUCGAAUUCGGAGGCGGCUGGUGAAGCCGCGGCCGGCAGCGCCCGACGCCGACUGCCACAGCGACUGCGCCUCCUCGGCCUCCGUCGUGGACGACGGCGACGACGCCUCCACGGUCCGGUCGCGCGCGCCGUUCGACCUCAACGCCCCGGCGCCGGUGGACGAUGACCACGCCCUCCAACUCUGCACGGAGCUGCGGCUCUGAGCGAUAGGAUCCCCGAACAAGAACAGCAGCGAAAACGUAGAUGGCGAUUUUGCUCCAGUCUUCUUUUCCUGACCAGAUUCUCAUACGAUUGACUCGUGCUCGAGAGAGAGCCAGAGCCUGCAACUACUACUGUUCUGUAGUACGCGAUAUGAAUGGCGAUAGAUGGAUGAUUUCUGCAAAGCUCUGCAGUGUUCAGGUCAGAUCGACGAGAGUUCUCUUUUUUUUUUUCACGCCUCUUGGAUUUGGAUCUGCUACCAUCUUCUCUGCCCAUUCUGUUUGUACACCACACCAGAUAACAUGUAAGAUGCUCACGAAUUAACACGGAUCUUGCUACAAUUCUUGAAGUA